AUGAAGGCCAUAUUACAGCGCGUGCUAUCUAGCUCGGUCACGGUCAACGACCAGGUUGUCUCCGCCAUUGGAAAAGGGGUGCUGGUCCUCGCUGCAAUCGGCCCCAAUGACACCAAGAAAGACGCCGAUGCCAUGGCCUCAAAGGUGUUGAAAAUGAAGUUGUGGCCCGACGAGAAUGGCGCCAACUGGAAGAAAAGCGUCCAAGACAUUGAAGGCGAUAUCCUUUGUGUUUCGCAAUUUACUCUGCUAGCCUCCACCAAGAAGGGUAGCAAACCUGACUUUCAUGGGGCAGCAAAGCCAGAGGUUGCAAAGGAACUCUAUGACUAUUUCUUGUCACGUGUGCGCGACCAGCAUCCAGCCGGCAGAGUGAAAGAUGGUGUUUUCCAGGCGAUGAUGCAGGUCAGCCUUGUCAACGAUGGACCAGUCACACUGGAGAUCGAUACUAGCCCUGCAAAGAAGGACUCAGCCACAAGUACCAAAGUGCACACUCCAGCGUCAACUCCGGCACAACAAGAUUGA